AUGGAGGUCGCUCGUACCUCCUUGGUCCAUGCGGCGGCUCCCCAUUUUCUGUGGCCGUUUGCUGUCCGGUACGCCGCGCAUCAGCUCAACCUCUGGCCCCGUGUCUCCUUGCCGGAGACCUCGCCCACACUGCGUUGGACGGGGGAGGUUGGCGAUGCGUCGCGCUUCCGGGUGUGGGGUGCUCGUGCCCUUGUCCGCGAUACGUCCGCGGACAAGCUCUCCUCCCGCACGCUUCCCUGUGUCUUCCUUGGCUUUGUCCCUGACGCGCCUGGCUGGCAGUUUUACCACCCCACCUCGCGCCGGGUCUUCGCCUCUCAGGACGUCACCUUUGACGAGUCGGUCCCUUUUUACCGUCUCUUCCCCUACCGCACUGCCCCCCUCCCUCCCCCGCCGCUUUUCCUCGCUCCUGGUCCCCCUCCGGUAGACCCCCUUCCCCCUCAGGGUCCUGCUCCUUCAGGUGUCUCUCAGGUAGACCCUCCUCCCGUCGCUGAGCCUGUCGAGGUCACAGGUGACUCAGGUGCUGCUGCGGGUGGUGCUGCUGGGAGUGCUGAGCUGGGGGGUGCUGAGCCUGCGGGUGCUGGGCCUGGGGGUGCUGCGGCUGCGGGUGCUGGGACUGAGGAUCCUGGAGCUGAGGGUACUGUGCCUGAGAGUUCGGAGCCUGGGGGUGCUGAGCCUGGGGGUGCUGCGCCUGGGGGUGCUGAGCCUGCGUGUACGGAGUCUGGGGGUGCUGAGCCUGGGGGUGCUGCGCCUGGGGGCACUGAGCCUGGGGGUACUGCGACUGAGCCUACGGAGCCUGGGGUUGCUGCGUCUGGGGGUGCUCCGGUUCGGGGUGCUGAGCAGUCUCUCACACCGCAGCAGCUUCGUGACUGGUACGUCCGGCGCUUUCGCCGUCCUCGUGGCCCUGCUGGAGUUGGAGGUUCUGGAGCUGCUCGUCCUGGAGGUGCUCGUACUGGAGGUACUGGAGCUGCCGGGACUGGCUGUUCUGGGAGCACUGAGGCUGGAGCUGCUGGAGCUGGCGGUGCCAGCGGAGUUGGAGCUACCGGCUCUGGGGGUGCUCUUCCUGGCGGUACUGGAGCUGCUGGAGCUGACGACACUGGAGCUGACGGUUCUGGACACGGUGGUCCUGCUGGUUCUGGAGGUGCUGGCGAGGGGAGGUCUGACGCUGCUGGGGCCUCUGGUGCUGACGUCGCCGACUCUGGGGGUGCUGCGGCGGAGGGUGCUGGUCCUGGUGCUUCUGGUGCUGCGGGUGCUGGAGGUGCUGGCGGAGCUCCGCCGUCGCGCCUGUUCUUCGCUCCUCCGUCACCGUCGGCUUUGCCACCGCCUGACACGGUGCUUCGCCAGGUUCUUUCCCUCCCGUCUUCCACUGGCCUUCCCCUCCAGCCUGGCUCCCCCCUCCCUGCUCCUGUGCCUUACACUGCACAGCCGGACUCGCUUACGGAGCUCUGA